AUGGCCUCCCCGCAGAUCAACGUCACCCCGGCCUCGCCCUACUCCGCCGCCGGCCAGCCCGCAAGCACGAUGCGCCGCCAGGCCACCGGCAGCCCCAGCCCGGCCGCCGGCGCCCCGGGCAGCCCGGCGUUCAGCUACCCCUCCGCGCCCUACGCCCAGGCCGGCUCCCCCGCCCCCACGCCCGCCUACCCCGGCCCCACCGGCUACGGCAGCCAUCCCCUCCAGCGCCCGCCCGCACCCGCCGCCCCCGCCGACACCGCCUCCCUCCUCGCUAGGAUCCAGACCUGGUCCGCCAACAUCGAGGACCUCAUCGAGCUCUACUCCCACCCCAUCAAGCCCUAUCUCCCCGGCCUCGGCAGAUUCUUGAUCGUCGUCACCUUCUACGAGGACGCCUUGCGGAUCGGCACCCAGUGGGAAGACCAGCUCUACUUCUUGCACAAACACCGCCACUUUCCCUGGGGCCUCAGCCACGCCUUCCUGAUCUCCAACGUCCUCGUGAUGCUGGUGUGCUCGACGUUGAUCAUAGCGAAGAAGUUCCCGCUCUCGUCGGUGAUGGGGCUCCUCGCGGUGGUCAUCUCGCAGGGGGUGGGCUACGGGCUGAUCUCGGACGUGAACUUCUUCCUGCGCAACCUGUCGGUGAUCGGGGGCCUGCUGAUGUGUCUGUCGGACUCGCUGUCGAAGCGGAACAACCCGAAGGCGAAUGCGCUGUUUGCGGGGCUGCCCAACAGUCUGGGCACCGAGACCGAGCGCCGGACCUACCUCCAGCUGGCCGGCCGGAUCCUGCUCGUCCUGCUCUUCGUCGGCUUCCUCGUCUCUGGCGAGUUCACCCCCACCCGCGCCGCCGUCUCCCUCGUCGGCCUCGUCGCCAGCGCCAUGGUCGCCGUCGGCUUCAAGGCCAAGUGGUCCGCCAUGUUCCUCCUCCUCGUCCUCUCCGUCCUCAACAUCGUCGUCAACAACUGGUGGUCCGUCCACUCCGCCCACCCCCAUCGCGACUUCUUAAAGUACGACUUCUUCCAAACCUUGUCGAUCGUCGGCGGCCUGCUCCUGUUGGUCAACAUGGGCCCGGGCGGGAUCUCGGUCGACGAGAAAAAGAAGGUCUUCUGA